GAUCAAAGCAUCUGGUCUGAAGCUGCGGUUCUGCACUAACGAAACCCAAGCGACCCGGGAGAAGUUCGUGAAGAAGCUCCAGGGCAUGGGCUUUGACAUCUCCGUGGCCGAAGUCACCGCCCCAGCCCCUGCAGCCUGCCGCAUUUUGAAGGAGCGCAGCCUGAGGCCGCACUUGCUCGUGCACAAUGAUCUUGUCCCUGAAUUUGCUGAGAUCGAUAAAGCAAACCCCAACUGCGUGGUUAUCGGAGAUGCAGCAGAAAACUUCACCUAUGCAAACCUUAACGAAGCUUUCCGAGUUCUGAUUGGGAUGGAGAAGCCUGUUUUGAUCUCCCUUGGCAGAGGGUAA